AUGACAGCGGUGGUGAAAACAGUGACUCCAGCCCAUCCUGUUGAGUUCCUGCUGUCUACCAACAUCCCAUUGCGUGACAAGCACAAUCCAGAUGCACAUUCAACCCGUUUCUGGGAGGACUUCCAGCCAUGUUCUUCCAAGAAAGUAGAAAUGGUUCGUCAGCUCACAACAGCCCAGGUGGACCACAAGGACCUGAGGCACAUCAAGGAUUACCUGACAGAGGCGAGGGUUUCCUACCACCGUCACCCAUUGCCACAGAUGACUCGCACACCACGGUGGUCAACGCUUUGCACUAACUUCAAAAUGCAAACAGACCCUCGGGAAGUUGCUUUUCUCACCACACAGUCCCAGGAAUUUCGGAUCCAACACUUCCAGGCGCCUCCUGCCCCAAUCCGACCGACACAGGCCAUCAAGAAGAUCCAGCAGAUGGAAGAGCCUCCAGAAAGCACCAACAAAGCUACAUACACUCCGAACUAUGGUUCUCCUAUUGUAAAAGCCACAGUUAAACAUCUAGAAGAGGGCUUUCCCACAAUAAAAGGAGAUGGGCGCCACUACGGCUUUGUCUCCCAGUACAACGAAGUCUUCCAGGGAGCCUGGAGCAGAGCUGCUAAACUUGUGAGCAAGCCCUCCUCUGUGUCUAUGGGUGAUCCUGUGAAGAUUGUAGAAAGAGACACAACCCACUCUGCAUCAUUCAGCCUGCCCACCGUCUGCAGUCAACCUCUGGUGAAAGAGCGUUUGAAGCUCACUCUUGGAAAUUUCUCUGAGGACUCAUGGUCGUCCACAUCCAAAGAAGCCUUUUGUUAUCACAAGCCGGAUCCGAUUGUUCUGACAAGGAGGAACCAAAAUUCUAGUUCUUUACCGAAGGGGGACACUGAUAUAAGUCGCAACAAAGAGAGGAUGUCAGUCACCACCAACAGAAUCUCCUUCCCUAAACUGAACCACACAGAUUGCCCAGUAUAUAUGCCAGGGCCUGACCUGAUGACCAAAAGCCAUGUACAAUUCAGCCCCUCUCGUCUAUCAGGCCUUUACUACACAACCAUGGCCAAAGAACACUACGGCAUAAAGGACGGAGAGCAGGCCAGACCAGCCGUUCAGCUGCCAAGCAACAUACUGAGUGGGCCAGAACCUGGGCUGAGCCUCAACACCACCAAGGCUGACUUCCUCCCUUUGAAGGCCUGCAAACAGACACCUUGUCCGUCAAAGCGUGGGAGCGGCAUCAGGUUUCCACUGGCCAAAUCGCACUUCAGCACCACCCACAGUGAAGACUACACGGCCAAACCUUUGAUCCUGCAGCGCCCUAGCUGCAGCCAGCUCUUCACCCAUUUUGUCAAGAAGUGACAGAGAAUCACAACAAAGUUGCUGGCAUCUGUGCUCUUGCCCAGCUCGUAAU